GUACUAACCCCUAGAGAGAGAAAAGAAGAAGAAGAAGAAAAAGGAGGUGGCAGCAGUUUGACACUGCUGGAGCCAUUAGUUUUAUCCAUGCCCAGACGAAGAUUCUGCAAGAGCAAGCUAUGGACCCUGCAGGUGCUAAAAAACUCUUGAAAACUCAAGCCCCACAACAAGAAGAAGAACAACACCAAACCCUCUUUUUCUCUGUCUCUGAAACCUCUCUACAAGAACUAGGUCUUCCUUCUUGGUCUUUUAGAACCUUUCUUCUCUUUUUUUUUAAAUAUUUUCUCUUUGUUCUCUGCCAAUGAUGUUGAACGCAACAAAUACAAGAAAUGGGUCUCCUUUUACUCCAACUCAGUGGCAAGAGCUUGAGAACCAGGCUCUCAUCUACAAAUACAUGGUCUCAGGUGUCCCUAUCCCACCUGAGCUCAUCUAUUCUGUCAAAAGAAGCUUGGAGUCUUCUUUGGCUUCAAGACUUUUCCCUCACCAACCUAUUGGGUGGGGUUGUUUUCAGGUCGGUUUUGGCAGAAAAGCAGACCCAGAUCCAGGGAGGUGCAGAAGAACAGAUGGGAAGAAAUGGAGAUGUUCAAAGGAGGCACACCCAGACUCCAAGUACUGUGAGAGACACAUGCACAGAGGCCGAAAUCGUUCAAGAAAGCAUGUGGAACUUGCUUCAACUACAACAUCAACUGCUGCCACUACUGCUGUAACAACCCCUUCACCAUCAAUCUACAGAAACCUCUCUACCACCACUUCGCCUUCUGCUUCCUCAUACUCUUUCUCUCCUCUUUCUUCAGUUAUGGAACCUGAAUUCCACGUCCAUCAAAAUCCUAGCCAAAGCACCAUCCUUAAUCCCUUCCAUUACCCUCAUUCUUCAUCUUCUAGACCUCCUGGUUCUGGUUUUUCCACUCAAAAUAGCACUACCCAUAACCUGUUUUUGGGCUCUGGCUCUUCUCAUACUGAUAAGGAUUGCAGGUAUCUUCAUGGAAUGAGGGAGGGUUUAGAUGAGAGAGCUUUCUUCCCAGAAGAUUCAGGAAGUGUAAGAACUUUACAAGAUACGUAUCAGCAACAGGCAAUGAGUUCCUAUAAAGGGUACUCUCAAUCACAGUUUGAAAGCUUAGCUGAUUCUUCUAAAAAACAAGAAGAGCAGCAACAGCAUUGCUUCGUUUUGGGUACUGAUUUUAAGUCAUCAUCUACAAGGUCAAUCAAAUUAGAAAAAGAAAGUGAAACCCAGAAAUCAUUGCAUCAUUUUUUUGGUGACUGGCAGCCAAAGAACUCGGACUCUUGGCUGGAUCUUGCAUCCAGUUCAAGACUGCACACAGCUGAUAGUUGAAAUCUCAAUAAUGGAUCUUCACAUUGUGCCCAAAAGAGUACUACUGCAUGUCGGUGGGGCAAUCAGCCUGCUUUAGAUGUUGAAAUUGUGGCUAGGGCAACUCUUUUUUUUUUUGGGGAUUAAUAUUGUAGGGACACGGGAGGUUUCCUGUCUUUGGCUAUCUAGAACAUUAAAUUUUUCUCUUCCCUUUCAAAGAAACAUGUUUGUAGACUGUGGCUUGUUUGACUGAACGUGUAUCUUCGAUGCAUGCUUUUGGCUCCAUAAUAAAACUCGCAAGUAGCAAGCUCUUGUUUUUUUCA